AUGCACUACUACGCCAAAGGACAGCAAUCUACAAGAAAUAGUAUGGAUAAUAGAGAAAUUGAGCAGCACAAACAGGAAAGUACAGGGGCCUCUAAUAGAACAAACAUCGUGAGUAACAUCCACCAGGAAAUCCAACAUAAGAUCAUGGAGAAAACAAAAAAGAGAAACAAUUGGCAUAAUGCUGAACACACAAAUCAGUCAAAGUCUAUUCUCCGAGAAGAAGGGAUCAACAAAGCGGACAAAUACAAAGACCACAAUAUUAACAACAAAAAUCAAGAGAAAGGUACCAAGCAAAUGACCAAAAGACAAGAAAAACAACAAAAAAAGAGUAAAGAACAAAGCAUGAAGGAUAGGCAAAAAGAACACAUCGACAAUGAAUCUGAAAGUGAACCGGAAUCUUCACAGAAGGAUAGUCAGGAAGGUCAACAACAAAACAACACCAAGGAGGCAGAUGGAAGAAAAGAACAUAAAGUUGAUACCUUUGGCAUAGAAUACUCUGAAGAGGAAGAUUCUAACUAUGAUUCUGCUACUGCUUCCGAUGAUAAUGAAUCUGACCAGUACCAAUCAGACAACGAUAGUGAUGAAAUUGUUGAGACUACAUCUGAGGGCCCUAUUAGUCAUUCUCAAAAUGAUGACAUAUCCAAGGCACUUGGAGAUAUCGCUGAAAAAAUAAAUCUCUCCCCUAGAGGAGGAGCCUCAACCAAGGGUGGAAGAACCUCUUCUAGAGGUAGAGGAAGCAAAACCAACUCUGAAAAUCAGAACAAGCCAAAUAAGAGCAAAGACACAACAACACCAAAAGCUAAAUGA